AUGCAGGAAGCCAAAAGUAUACCGAUGGCCAGAAGUUUGCUUUUACUCAUGUUUAUCUCUACAUGUGUAACCAAGAUGUAUACUUCCAUAUCUUUCUUGGAAUAUGCAACUCUCCAAUGCAUUUUGGCCUGUUUGUUUAUUUUAUCUGUGUCGGUCUACGGGGCAUUCAGGAUAAGAAAUCGUGAUAAGGAAAACAAGUCCUAUAUGGAAAGAAUUGCACGCUAUGGCUUUUUCAACUCCUCUAGCAAGGCCGAAGGCCAUAUUUGA